AUGGCUGCUGAAUCUCUCUGUGGAAUAGUGAUUAUCUCAGCCCGUUCCAAUGGGCAAAUUUCCACAUCAUACAGCUGUCAACAAGCUGUCACUUUUCUUGAGGGGGACAGGGGAAUACCUACGUUUCAUGUUUUAUUCAACAUCUUUUUUCCUAAUUUCUUUCAGGCAUCAAAACAUAAAGAUGAUAAAGAGCAGAGUGAAGCUGUAUCACCAUCAGAGGAAGAAGAUGCAUUCUUUUGGCCUGGUCUUAAAACUGUUGUGUUAAGGAGGACACCUCAGGGCUUUGGCUUCACCUUAAGACACUUCAUUGUUUAUCCUCCGGACUCUUCUAUUAAGGAUUCUCUUAGAGAUGAAGAGAAUGGAAACAAAGGAGGGAAGCAAAGAAAAAAACUGGAACCAAUGGAUACCAUAUUUGUUAAACAGGUUAAAGAAGGUGGACCUGCCUUUGAAGCUGGAUUAUCCACAGGUGACAGAAUUAUAAAGGUUAAUGGAGAAAGUGUUAUUGGAAAAACAUAUUCUCAAGUAAUUGGUUUAAUUCAGAACAGUGACUGCAUAUUGGAACUUAGCGUUAUGCCAAAAGAUGAAGACAUCCUCCAGUUGCUGCGGUUUACAAAGGAUGUCACAGCACUGGCGUAUUCCCAAGAUGCCUAUUUGAAAGGCAAUGAAACCUACAGUGGCAAUGCUCAGAACAUACCUGAACCACCAUCAAUAUGUUAUCCUCGAAAAGCAGCCAUGGCUUCUGUCAUGUCACAUCCUAGUGACAAAUCACCUUCUGUUUCUUCUCUGGGCAAACAGCAAGCCAGUAGACCAGUACGGACAUUAACACCGCCAGACAGGGCCUAUAGAAUGGAAAUACAAGUGCCUCCAUCACCAACAGACAUUGCAAAAUCAAAUACAGCUGUGUGUGUUUGCAAUGAAACCGUAAGGACUGUUAUUGUGCCUUCUGAGAAGGCUGUAGACUUGUCAUCAUCUAGAACCAAUCAUACUGGCCCAUCACACAGGACAGAGGAAGUGAGAUAUGGUUUAAAGGAUCAAACCACUUUAAAAACAAAAGUAUGGACAACAUCAUCACCCUCUUCAGUGUCCACUGCCAUUGUACUUCCUCAGACUUCUAUUACAGGGCCAGUAGAUCACACUGGAAUGCCAAGUAAAUCUGGGAAUUAUGGAGGACAUCCAGAAUGGAUCUCAAGCACUAGACCAGCUACUCAAGUUGCAGGUUCUCCUCCUGUCUCUACUAAUCACUACAUUUCUCCAAACUCCCAACAGCACAUAGACUGGAAAAACUACAAAACUUACAAAGAAUAUAUUGAUAAUAGACGUUUGCACAUGUAUGGUUGCCGAACAAUACAGGAAAGAUUAAAUAGUUUGAGAGCAGCCUCCCAAAGCACAACAGACUAUAAUCAAGUGAUGCCCAAUCGAACUGCUCCACAGGUACGACGUAGAAGCACCUCUCGUGAUAGAGUUCCACAGUCUGUUCAGAUCCGUCAGCGAAGCGCAUCACAGGAAAGGUUGGAAGAAUCAGUAUUGAUGAAAGAAUGGCCAAGAAGUGCUUCACAAGAUGCAUUAAUUUCACCAUCUAUUAGUGCUAGGAGCCACAAGACUCGGUCAUGGGAUUACCUCAGCAAACAGGGUGACAUGUUAGAAAACUUUUGUACUGAGAAUCUUGUUGCAGAUUCAAAUGGAGACAGAAAAAGGAGUUACAAAUGGUCUGGAUUUACUGAACAGGAUGAUCGACGAGGAAUUUAUGAGAGAUCUAGACAGCAUGCAUUCCAUAUGUCCCUUCGAGGUCCACAUUUUCCUGUGGCUGCAGGUGCUCAUAAUUCAGACAAUAGUAGAAUUGGUAGUAGAGCCUCUGUAUCUGCUACACAUUUCCAGAAAGUUCCAUCAGAUAUAAAAAUGCUGCAGCCUACUAGAGAUUUGCAAGCUGCUGGUGGAUUUUCAAAGACUACACUCACUUCACAAGAGAAAUCACCCCUUGUGACAGCUAGGGGUUCUAAAAGUAACUCUUUGAAGAAUCCUCCCUGUGUAGCAAAAGCAUUAUUUCCCCUUAACCAGAACCUGGAUGGUGUUGCCGCCAAAGACCAAAGAGCAGUAAAUCACUUGGAUCAAAGUGAUCUGCAAAAUCAACAAUCAAGGAUCCAAGCAGAAAGUGACCCAGACCACAAAACAGAAACUGAUGAGAGCAUCCAAUCCCCCUCUUUCUCUGCAGCUUCUGCCAAACCUGUUCAACAAAUAGGUGAGAGUUCAACUACCUCUGAUAAAUUUGAUAUUUCCAUCAGACAGAAGAUUCAAGAUUUUGAAAGGGAAGAUGCAAAGAAGUCUGAAGUGCAGCAAGCCAAUAUUUUAGAAAAUGAUGACAACCUUCUUAUACACGAAAAAUCUCCUUCCGGCCAACCCACUCAGCAUUUGAGGCACUAUGUUGAACCUGAGCUUCAGCAACCUGACAUUCUGGAAAAUUAUAAAGCCACCAUUAUUACAGGAGAAAAGUUUCCUUCUGCUCAAAAAACUCCUCAGCCUUUGAGACAUCACUCUGAGCCCGAGCUUCAGCGGCCCAGUAUUCUGGAAAAUGAUAAAGCACAAGAAAAGUCUCCUUCUGGUCAACAAACUCAGCCUCUGAGACAUCACUCUGAACCAGACAGUCAGCAGCCCAACAUUACGGAAAAUGAAAAGGCUACUGUUGUCAUGCGAGAGAAGUCUCCUUCUGGUCAACAAACUCCUCAACCUUUGAGACACCACUCCUACAUCCUUGCAGUAAAUGAUCAGGAAGCUGUCUCGGACACUACCUGUUGGUUACCUAAUGAUGCUCGUCGAGAGGUUCAUAUAAAAAGGAUAGAAGAAAGGAAAGCAUCUGGUUCCAGCCCACCUGGUGAUUCCUUGGCAUCCAUUCCAUUUAUAGAUGAGCCGACUAGCCCUAGCAUUGACCAUGACAUUGCACACAUUCCUGCUUCUGCUGUUAUUUGUGCAUCUGCUUCUGAAGCACCUCCUAUAACAACAGUUCCUCCCAGUCCUACAUCUUCAGUUCCUUUAAUUCGACGUCAGCUCUCACAUGACCAUGAAUCUAUCAGGCCUAGCACGCUAGAUGGCCAGCCUGCUCCGAAAACUGAGAGAUCCAAGUCUUAUGACGAAGGAUUGGAUGAUUACAGAGAAGAAAGAAAAUUAUCUAUUAAGGUUGUAUCUAGUCUAAAAGGGAUCAAGGUCCCAGACAGCCAAAAGUCUUCAGAAGAUUCUGGAUCCAGAAAAGGCUCUUCUUCAGAGGUUUUUGGUGAUGCCUCUAAGGGAGGAUGGCUCUAUUUUCGACAGCUUGUCACAGACAAGGGAAAGCGAGUUGGUGGGAGCAUUCGACCAUGGAAACAGAUGUAUGUUGUUCUUCGAGGUUGUUCACUUUAUUUGUACAAAGAUAAAAAAGACCAAACAACUCCAUCUGAAGAAGAACAGCCUAUCAGUAUCAAUGCUUGUUUGAUUGACAUUUCAUACAGUGAAACCAAGAGAAAAAAUGUAUUCAGGCUCACAACAUCAGACUGCGAGUAUCUGUUUCAGGCUGAAGACAGAGAUAACAUGUUGGCAUGGAUUAAGGCAAUACAAGAUAAUAGCAACUUAAAUACUGAGGAUACUGGUGUCACUAGUAGGGACCUAAUUAGUCGGAGGAUUAAAGAAUAUAGCACAAUGAUGAGUUCUUCCACUAGCAAAACAGAGCCAUCUCCCAAAACUCCACGCCAGAGUCUGAGUUUUAGACAGACACUUCUGGGAAGCAAACCGGAACUAAGGGCCCAAACUCCACAUUCUCCCAAGGAAGAGUCUGAAAGGAAGAUCCUCACCAAAGAUGAGACGAGCCCACCGAGGGAUAAAGGAACAUGGAGAAAAGGGAUUCCAAGCAUUAUGAGGAAAACAUUUGAGAAGAAACCGUCAUCUGUUGGGACCUUCGGAGUUAGACUUGAUGACUGCCCCCCAGCUCAAAACAAUAAAUAUAUUCCGCUAAUAGUUGAUGUCUGCUGCAAGCUUGUUGAAGAAAGAGGCCUUGAAUAUACAGGCAUUUACAGAGUUCCAGGAAAUAAUGCUGCUAUCUCAAGUAUGCAAGAAGAGCUCAACAAAGGAGUGACAGACAUUGAUGUUCAUGAUGAUAAAUGGAGGGAUUUGAAUGUCAUAAGCAGUUUACUAAAAUCGUUCUUCAGAAAAUUACCAGAACCUCUUUUUACCAAUGACAAAUACGCAGAUUUCAUAGAUGCCAAUAGAAAAGAAGAUCCUGUAGAGCGUCUAAAAACACUAAAACAAUUGAUCCAUGAUUUACCUGAACAUCAUUAUGAAACUCUGAAGUUUCUUUCAGCACAUUUAAAGACAGUAGCAGAAAAUUCAGAAAAAAAUAAGAUGGAACCAAGAAACCUUGCAAUAGUAUUCGGUCCAACCCUUGUGAGAACAUCUGAUGAUAACAUGACACACAUGGUGACACACAUGCCAGACCAAUAUAAAAUUGUAGAAACACUUAUCCAAAAACACGACUGGUUUUUCACUGAAGAUGAUGGUGAAGAGCCGCUUACAGCAGUUCAGGAGGACUACACUGUACAAUCUCAGCCAGUCCCAAACAUAGAUCACUUACUCAGCAACAUUGGAAGAACGGGAAUAUCUCCUGGAGAUGUAUCAGAUUCAACAACUAGCGACUCAUCAAAGUCUAAGGGCUCCUGGGGAUCUGGAAAGGAUCAGUAUAGUAAGGAAUUGCUUGUGUCCUCCAUCUUCGCAGCAGCUAGUCGCAAGCGAAAAAAAACAAAAGAGAAGCCACCCCAAAGCAGCUCGGAAGAUGAAUUUGACAGCGUGUUCCACAAGAAGGAGCUUGCUGAACGAUCUUGUGAAAUGACAAAAGAGGAUGCAACUACAGGGGAAUGUGAAAAAGGAAGAGACGCGAGAGGGAGAAAACAAAGGAUGUUUGUGCCGAAAGAAAAAGAGAACAGCAGUAAAAAAGACACAAAUGCUGCGAAGGAUGACAAGAAGUCAGGAAGGAAAGAGUGUGCCCCUUCAGAGGCUUCUUUGGCACCUUGCCACCAAAAGCACACAAAGUCACCUGAUCUCAGCUGCUGGGUAACCUUGCAGAAAGAUUAUCCUAAAAUACCUGUUUCACAAGCCACCUCCCAUAUUGAGGAGACAGUGCCUGACUCUGACACUUCUUCCCAGGCUUCCCUACGCAGACUCUCAUGCAAAAAAGUAGCCAGCCCUGAAAUUAAAUGCAGUGAGUUUUUAGCUGCUUAUGUCAGUUCUGUCACCUCAGACUACUCGGCCACUUCCUCUGCUGUAUACCUAGAUUCUGGCAUGCUGAGCCCUGAGGUGCAGUUGGUGACAGAAAGCAAGGGAGAGGAAGCUGAUGAUGAACAGAGUGAAUUGAUCAGUGAUGGUCGACCCAUGGAAACAGAUAGUGAAAAUGAUUUCCCUGUCUUUGCUACAAGAUCUGCUGCUGAAAGACUGUUGAGGGGAAAAAUACAAGAAGUAGCAAAGACAAGUAGGAGGAACUCUGAAGAAAGCGAAGUAAGCUGUACUGAUGGAAGUUCAACGCCAAAGUUAGACAGCCGCAGACUGUUUAGUUCCCACAAACUCAUUGAAUGUGAUACACUUUCAAGGAAGAAGUCUGCCCGGAACAAAAUAGAUGGUGAGGGUUUUGGAGAUGCUAAAAAUGAAAAGGACUUGCCUACUAUGACCAAAAUGUUUGACAUAAUGAAAAAAGGAAGAUCAACCAGCAGUUUAACUACAUCAGCGAGAAGCGAAACUGAAAAACAAGAACCUACAUGGAGACUCAAAAUAACAGACAGGCUGAAACUGCGGCUGAAAGCAUCUGCAGACGAUAUGUUUGGAAUAGGAAAUCAGAAAUCUAGCUCUGCAGAGAUCUCAAAGAAAAAGAGCAUCAGGAGAAGACAUACGCUUGGAGGGCAGAGGGAUUUCCCUGAACUAAGUGUUUUAAAUGCUUGGAAAGCUCAAGAGCAGAGUCAGAAUAGAGAGGAGUCUGAGCUUUCAGCUGUGAAUCGGUUAAAGCCAAAAUGUCCAGCCCAGGACCUUUCAAUUUCAGAUUGGCUUGCACGGGAGCGUUUACUCACUAGCACAACUGACCUUAAUACGGGUGAAACUGGAAAGCCCAAACUUGAGAACACUAGCUUAGCAGACCCAUCUCAGACAGAGAUCCUUUCUUCUGCAAAAAUGCAGACAAAUGAUGACAAUUCUUCUAGCAAUUUGACUUUGAUCAAUAGAGCACCUCCUUCAGGAUCACCUCAGCCACCUGACCAAGUAAAUGGUGAAAGUUACCAGAACAUGAACAAAAGCAACUUUAGCCCAGCAAUUGAUGCCCAUCCUCAUAAACUGUCUGGGACCCAGGUAGUCAGAUCUCGAUUCUACCAGUAUCUUUAAAAUGGGAAAUAUGUCCACUACAGCAAUUCAAUAGCUUAUUGUUACACUUCUCAGUAACUGUGUAUAUAUGUUUUCUUGUACUGUUGUUGUUAUGCAGCCUUCAUAUGGGCUGGUUUCAUCAAUAUGCACUGUGGAAAGUCUUCACAGGGCAUUACUACAGCCAGAAGAACAUAAAAAUGUUAAAGUAUAGAUAUAUAUAUAUAUAUUUUAAGAAAAAGUAUAUUUGAUGGCUGCAUACAAAUGUUGAACAGAGCAUCUGAUGCAACAUGCUAUGUAGUGUAUACAUGGUUUUAUGACCUGAGAGUUGGCUUGGCAUUAGUAUGCAGAAAAAAAUGUUCUUUUGGUUUAGUCACUAACAAGUGCCUCAUCAUGAAUUCAUUUGUUUUGUUAGGGUGCCAUAUUGUUAAUUGUUAAAUUAGAGAAACUAACUACAAACAAAUGCAUUUUAUCUGUAAUAAAUUUCAUUACAUUUUACAAAUUUUAACACAGGUGGAUACAGAGCUUCCAUUCUUUAGGCAUUCCAGUUGGAUCUCUGAGUUUUAUAUUCCAAUUUUAAUACAGUUUUUGAGUUUUAUGUGACUUGAAUUUUUAAUCUUUCUGUAAAAUAAGUAACUUAAAUGUACAUAUUACAUGUGUAUCUGUUUUUCAGAUACCAGAUUUGAUAUAAAUGUUGUAACAUAGCAGUGUAGAUAGUGGAUCCUGGAUGGAACUGGUUUCUUUUAUUGAGAAGAAUAUAAUUCUGCAUGAAGACAUAUUGAAUCCAAACCUGUAUCUUGCCUGUGUGCACACCCACUUAAACACUGGAAAUAAAAUUGUUUUGUUGACUUUU